GUCCCGCCCCUGCAAGUUGGGGGAAGUUCGUUGCGGACCCGCUGAGCUGGCCGGUGGGCAGCAUGGGGGUCACGGUGGAUGUGCACCAGGUUUUCAGAUACCCCUUCGAGCAGGUGGUGGCCAGCUACCUCCGCAAGUAUCCCAGUCCCAUGGAGAAACAUGUCACAGCUAUAAAAACCAUGGAAGAGAAAACAGAUUUGUCCACAGGGAUUAUUUACAGAAGGAGAAUUGCAACAUGUCAGAAUGUAAUUCCGGAAAUCUUAAGAAAGGUCAGUGUCUUAAAAGUGUCUGACAUCUACUUAGAGGAAGAAUCUUGGCUUAAUAUGCAGGAAAGAAAUAUGGUUAUGAAGUCUCAUUGCCUUACCUGGACACAAUAUGCAUCUUUAAGUGAAGAAUCUGUCUUCAGGGAAAGCUUGGAAAAUCCAAAUUGGACAGAGUUCAUCCAGAAAGGGAGAAUAUCCAUUACUGGAGCAGGGUUGCUCAAUUGUGUAUUGGAAGCUUUUGCUCAAACCUUUCUAAAUCAAGGAGUCAAGAAGGGUAUUAGAAUAAUGGAGACUCUUCUUCAGGAACAGUGUGGGUGCCCAUUUUCCUGAGAAGGAACUGAAGAAAAGUGUCAUCAGAGCAAUGUAUCUUUAUUACUGUCACUAUUUCCAGGGAAGUUAUCCAAAUUUUAUUGGUACCAUUUUAUUGAGGAAACUGAGUAUUUAAUAUGCACAGCUUGGAGAAAAGAUGACAAUAGUCUAUACAUCUUUUGGAUAAGAUUAAGGAAAGAUACGCUGUUUAAAGGGACUCUGAUCCCGAGAGAUCCUGAAGAAGCAGAUGUAAAUGUGGAAAUAAUGUUUUCAUGUGGAUUUCUGGUGAAAUUUCCAGAGACUAAGCAUUCACUGAGAGAACCAACAUCAGCAAAAACAUAAAUAGCCCUUUUUGCUGUGAAGAGAUCUUCUACCAUGUCAACCAGUUAUCUUGAAUCUUGCCAAGAGAGGUGUGAAUAUCCUCUAUUAAUUUUAAUAGUUUAUUUUGAAGCUUAGUUAUUAGGGACAGUGAUUCUGUUCACAGAAUGCAUAAUCUAAAAGGAAGCAUCAAUGGAAAUGUGUGCCAUCAAUUGUGUGGACUCAGCAUCUCUCUGCAGGUAUAUGGUAUUUCCAAUGUGUCUGCAAAACCUGAAAACAAACAACAAAUUAAAGCUUCCUUUGAGAAAAAUUGUCUAGUCCUUCCGAAUGUGAACUAAUGCAAAGCUUCCCUGCUGAGCCUAUAGAAACACGGAAACAGUAGUUCUGGGAGAUAAGACUACUGUACUGUACACCCACUUGGAUUCAUCACCCCACUGAGGAGAAACCUAGCAAUGGCAAUUUAAGUGUCAACUUUGCUAAUUAUUUCACUGCUGAGACUUUAGCAGAAACAUCCAUCUAACAUGCCCGUGCCAGUGUGGUUGGAUUCAUUUCAAAGGAUGUCCCAUCGCUAUAAAGUUACAAGUUUUAAAGUGAAAAUAUUUGAUUGUCCCCAAAACAUUUUCUUUCUUUCUUUCUUUUUUUGGUCCUGACAGGAGCCUGUGGAGAAGUUUAAGGGGAUUAGAAGAUUUCUGAGUAAAAUUCUUAAGGGAAAAGAGAGCUCGCGUGGAUGAAGGAUUCAUAUUGAAAGAGCAAUUUUAUUUAAAACCUCUUAUUAAAAAUACAAGUAAUUUAGGACCAGAUAUGGAUACCAUUGCUCAUGCUGAACAAUACCUCAAUCCACAAAGAGUCCCACUGAAGUCAAUGGGUGUCAGGUGGUACUAAGUGCUUUCAGCUGAGCGUGAGUGUGAUUGUUUUUACUACUGAGGCUUUGGAGGGGAGCAUUUUUGGCAAAUCCACACUACUGUGUACCAUGCCAGAGGAUCUUUAAUAUCCAUGCAGAACAGGCUGGGCCUCCUCUUUUAACACCUUGUUGGAACAGCUUGGGUGGGGGGGGGAAGUAGACCUAGUACACACUUUUUAAUAGCAAGAUCAACUAGCAAUAGAAUCAUUUGAUUAGGGAGAUAUUGAGCUGUUGUUAAUGAUGCUUAACAGUCAGUUAAAUAAAGUUCUUGUAGCAACAGUGUGGAGCCAAAUCUUGUUCAGUGUGAGGAAAAUUGGAAUAGGUAAUUUAACCCUAUCAGAUAUAGUUUUUGAUCAAAAUGGCUAAAGCAGCAUGGAAUAUAAUCCCAUUUGCUGUCUACAAUCAGUAUAUCAAGGCAUGUUUAACUCACUGCUUUCAGAGGUUAAUCAACAUGUCUGGUUAUCUGGAAAAUUUAAUUUUAAGGCACCCCAGGAUGUAAUCCAAUGUAGUAGAGUCCAAUAACAAAAUUUAGUCAACUUUUGUAAUUAGUGAUUGAGCCGAAAAGGAAUUUGCUAACAAGGGGAUGCUCUUAUGUUUAAAAGUUUGAUGAAUGAUUCCUGAUGGCAUAUGGCAUCAUACUACCUAGACAAUAUAAAGCCCCAAUCCAGCAGAGUACUCAAGAACAUGAGUAGUGUGGCGAGUAGCCCCAGUGUCUCCAAUAGGACCACUCGUGCCUAGAGUUAUAGACAUGCUUUCCUGGAUCUCAGUCUUUAUGAAGUGAAGACAGAAACAGAAAUGAACAAACAUGUUCUGCAAACGCUUUAAAAAAAAUAAAACACUAAAAGCUACACUUCUGAAAAGCUGGGCCUUAACCUAUAAUUCGUAUGGUCAAUAUUUUGGCAUGACAGAAAUCUGAUUGCUCAUAGUACUAAAGGCAUAUAGCACAUAUAGCACACUUCUGAGGAAAAUGUAGACCUAAAAAGACAAGCAUUUGUAAGUGAGAAAGUGGGUUGAUAAAUUGGAAUACAACCCUGAUGUUUUGUAUAGUAAGUACACCUCUGUAAACUAAUUGUUCUGUUUGAUUUUCAUUUUGGAAUGGUGUAUUUUGAGUUUUUGCAUUGUUUAUAUUCUUCAGAGAGACUGUUGAUCUUACUAGUGCAUAUUUUGGCUUUGUCCCUAUGUAAUUUUGCAGUAUAUGGAUGAAUAAUUUACAUACAAUGGGCAAACCAACUCUUAGAGGAUGACUCGGACUGGACGACGUAGGAGAAAGAGACCAAUAUAGUAAAAGACACUUAUGUGUCCUGUUAGGUUCAAUGAUAGUGAUGCUUCUGAUGAGCUAAUCUGUGGGGAUGACAGCUCUGCUUUUUUCCCUCUUGGCACUGUUUAUCUCCUGAGAUCAUAAUCCUGUAGAUAACAUCAGUUUGUUGAAUAAACUAACAUUCUUUUAGAAGUGCAGCAUUAAAUGUUUUCUGGAGAUUCAAAUAGGUAGAGUAUAUGGGAUCUGAUAGAAAAUCCUUCUUUAACCACCCAAAGGACUGGUUGGGGAAAACUAUCCAAAUAAUAAGUAAGUUUAGUCUAAUGUCCCGAUAUGAAAGUUUUUCUAGAUGUAGUCAAUGACUGAUUAAUGAUUGAGAAUAGUUGCUCAGAUAUAUCAUGGUGGUAGUGGUAUAUAAAUACAUAGAUUAUUUUAUAAAUGUUUAGGCCAAGAUUGUCAAAGUCCUGCUGUGUCCUUAGUAGGUCCCUAAAUAACUGGCUGGAAAUUUUUUUUUUUUCUUCCAAGGAGCCUAAUUUUAUGCACUCCAGGGUAUGACUGAAGGCUUACUUUAGUCAGGGGAAAGUAAUAUAUUUGCUUCAGUGGGCUUUGGGUUGGGCCCACAGUUUUAGUAAUCUUGGCCAUAAGGACCCCCUAAAGUCAUGUUCCCUCAUAGUUGUAAACUUUCCUCUCCUAGAUAGUGCUGCAUAUGCCAUCCAGUGACACCUUUUAAUAGUUACAUAAAAGUUAAAAGUUUUUUCCUUACUCAAGAUCAAUACACCUGGGACAAAAUAAUUUUUGCUUAUUUUUUCUCUGUAACUUUCUGUCAUUCUAGAUUACAUCUAUGCUUAUAGGCAAUUUAGAAAUUCUCUUUAAGCGUUGCUUAUUGCAGUUUUUAUUACUGGUUUUUAAAAUCUUUUUUUUUGUUCUUUUGUAGAUUGUUCUAAUGCUCGGGGGGGGGAAGUUUUAUACACAGUUAAAAACAAAUUUUGUUAAGGAACAAGAUAAACAAACAACUCAAAACUAAUUGGAAGACUCCUAGGUAAAAUGAUGACUAAGCUCUCAGCAAUGAGAGAGUCUUUGGAGGUGAGGAAGGGCAAAUUGUAUUUCAGAAUGAAGUAGAUCAUUUGUCUUUAACUAUAUUGUGGUUAUGAGCUUUAUCAUGAUAGAUUAACAAAUUUUCAUCCUGACAUAGCAGUAGCAGUCCUUUUUGCUAAUGCACUCAUUAGUAUAUUUCAGAUAGCUAAUAGUUUAUGGAAGCAGUAGCAAUCAAUUUUGUGUGUGUGUGUGUGUAUAUAUAAUAUGAUACAAAUUUUUAGCCAAGCCAACUGCUACUAUAGCAUAUAAAAGAAAAUCAUGAAUGUGGAACAAUGUUUCAGGGACUUUAUUUCAGCCGGGUGAUCCAUUAUCAGUUUAGCCAUAUGAUGAGGAAAGGUGCUGUAUUUUUUUUAUAUAUAUAUAUAUAUAUAUAUGCUGUGUGUAUGAAUGUAUGUUAACUGUUGGAUAUACAGUGUUUUUAUAUGCAAACUAUUGUACUGUGAAUACUGAAUGUAUUAUCAUGCCAUUGUACAUAUGCUGUGUGAUUAUACAAAGACUACUUGAACACAAAGGAAAUGUAAAAUGUCAGCUAACUACAACAGCAAAUGACAUCACGCUUCUGUAAAACCUUGAAAUAGUGCACCUCAUUACAUUGAAAUUUUCUAAUAAAAUAAAAUGUAUUAGAACUCCUG